AUGACAAGACGUGGUAAAGAAAAGGAUGAGAUACAGAAAAAUGUCGAAUUAUAUGCUAAGUGUUCAAUACCGUCACGUAAAGCUAAAACUCCCAUAUCAUCAAUUGUUACAAAAAGGAAAUCUUUUUUUCCAAAAGCAUUCGAUGGUGGAAAAAAAUUAGUUUUCCUGCAAAGUCACGUGAAAGUCGAGCGCACUUUAGCUGCUUCAGCAAAUUUAUGUGCUAUGUGUUUGUUUUCCAUAUGGGAUUGA